AUGUCACCCUUGCCAGAGGCCGUCCUCGACCGUACGGAGCGCUAUAUCCUUCCGGUAUACGCCCGCCCACCGGUAGUGAUGUCGCACGGAAAGGGUAUGUACAUCUGGGACACGGAUGGCCGUGAAUACCUCGACUUCAGUGCCGGUAUCGCCGUCAAUGCACUUGGACAUGCAGAUGAAGGUGUUGCUCAGGUUCUGGCAACCGAAGCACAAAAGUUGCUUCAUACCGGCAACGUCUUCCAUCAUCAGUGGGCCGGAAAGCUCGCCGAGCUGCUCGUUACGCUGACCCAGCGUGAAGGCGGACUCGGUUGGGAGGCAGGGUCUAUGCACCCACCGUCUGGACAGACGAACGGCGCCAAAGUCUUCUUCUCGAACUCCGGUACGGAGGCAAACGAAGGCGCACUCAAGAUAGCACGGAAGGUUGGCAAAGCCAGAUGGGCUAAGGCCAGCGGUAAGCAGGCAGACGAUUUGUCGUGCGACAAAUAUGAGAUUGUCUGUUUCGAAAAUGCGUUUCACGGGCGUUCCAUGGGUGCCCUGAGCGUAACACCGAAUGCCAAGUACCAAAAGCCGUUCACGCCUCUUAUCCCUGGUGUCAAGGUUGGCAAGCUGAACGCGAUGGAGGAUCUAGACAAGCUAGUGAACGAGCAGACGUGCGCCGUGAUCGUUGAGCCUAUCCAAGGCGAGGGUGGCAUCCGCGCGGCGGAUAUAGCCUGGCUGAAAGCCCUGCGAAAGAAAUGUGAUGAGACGGGAGCGGUGUUGAUUUAUGACGAGAUCCAGUGCGGUUUGUUCAGAACAGGAGCUAUGUGGGCCCAUUCAACGCUGCCAAUAGACGCACAUCCGGAUAUUGUCACGAUGGCAAAGCCCCUCGCGAACGGCUAUCCCAUAGGCGCCAUUCUCAUGCGAGAUGAUAUUGCGGAGACGAUGACAGCAGGGACUCACGGCACCACAUUCGGCGGGUCGCCGUUAGCCUGUGCAUUGGGCUAUCACGUCCUGUCGCGGGUGUCAGAACGUCCGUUCGUCGCCAACGUGGCUGAGUCGAGCGCGUAUCUGCACGGGAGACUGUCACUGCUACCCAACUGGUUCCCCGAGAUCCUGCAGCCGGAGGUGCGCGGGAGGGGAUUGAUCCUUGGACUCGGGUUCAAGGAUCAGAGCCACCCCGCAAAAUUGACGGAGCUGGCGCGAGAGCGGGGAUUGCUGCUGCUGACCGCAGGCACUGACGCCGUGCGACUCGUUCCCAGCCUCGUCAUCUCGCAGGCGGAGAUAGACCAGGCUGUAGAUGUGAUAGAGAGCUGUCUCCAUGUAAUGCAGACGCAGUAA